CCGCGGCACCUCGCCACAGUCUCAUCUAAGCCACAGCUAUGCGCGCAUCCUCCCCAUCAUAGCCGAAAAUUCCACAUUCGAAACCCCGAGACGCGACCCGACGCGACGCGAAACUUCAGUUUACAAUUUCGAACUCGCGAUUAUUUUAUAAAUUGAAAUAAUUGAACUUUAUAAUAUUAUUUCGGACUUAACAGUUGGCGGCAAACGGUAAAGUUGUGUGUUGUGUAAAGUGUUUGCAUACUUUCAGAGCUUCUAAGAUUUUAUUUCGUUCUGUGUAUCGGUGUACCGAAACAUUAUGUUCGUGUGAAAGUGUUGUAUUUUAUUUUGUGCACAUUUUAUUUGGAUUUAUUUGCUCCGGAAAUUUUUGGACCGAUAUGACAAUGAAGUACUCGGGCGGCACACUUUUAGGGAAUUUCAAUUAGUUAAUCGUCUCUAGCUCAGUAAUUUUACAGGCAGCUAUAGAAACAAGAUGCUGGGGUGUGCUCUUAGAAGAGUUACCUCAGUGUUUAUCCUCCUCGCUGCAAACGCUAACUCCUUCAGCUCGGCUGACGACAGCCGGUGCUUAGACAAGUAGAUGAUCGACAGACGCAAAUAAACUUUAAAUUUCGGCCUUUACACAAAUUCCAAAAUUUGAACGUUUAAUCGAAGCUAGUCAAAUCAAUUCGAAGUAGCAGUAGUUACCAAUAAAGAGUACAGUAAAGAACACGGUGUGGUGCGUGCCGUUGGACCCGCCACUACGGUGGUAUGCUGUAUAUUGCAUCUUGUGUCGACUGUGCGCUGACUGGUCGCUACGUCACGUGGCUUCCCGGCGCGCGACUUCAGUGCUGGAUGCUACUAACUGUAUACACGUUACCACAGCUUGCCGUCUCUGCGAAGAUAUUGUGCCUCCUGAUGGUGGUGAUCUGCGGUGCGGUGCCAUCAAUGGUUCGGUCAGUGCGUCUGUACAGCCAGUGCUCCCAUAUGUACGUCAACGUGUUCCCAAACGGCACCGUCAUGGCUCGCUCCGAUGGAAACGACCAGCCGAAUCUCACCAUCAGCACGCGCAGCUUCAGCCUAGAGCUGCUCAUCCACUCGCCCGUGCAGGACAUGUACCUAUGCUUCAACAGAUCAAGACUGGUUGGCAGGCGAUUGACACGAUUCCAGGCGGAGAAACAACCCAACUGCCUAUUCAAAGAGGAAUUUACGACAGACGGCUACAACAGAUACCACUUGGUGAAGAACGAAGACCGUUACAUCGGGUUCAACGCGCGAGGGGUCCAGUUGCGGCGCAACUUGAAGAACCUACCGAAGCGACUGCACAAGUGCACCGGUUUCAUGAAGAUGGCCCCCGAGUUCGACAUUACCAAACACAACCUCGUCAUAGCCCAACAUGCAGGAGAUUCCGUGCCCAAGUGGCGCCCUCUUCGUAGACUCCGGCCCCCACCGCAGAACUCUAUCAAGACUCCCUGUCACGGCGUCCGCCACAACCACGGCAGACAUAUUAAGCGAAGGAACUGCCAUGGCACGUAGAAAACUUACCCUGUUAUUAGAAGUUCAUUUACGCUUUAACGCUUCGCGCGUUCCGUUGCCAGCAGUCGAUGGACAUUGUGAGUGGGCAGAGUAUUAGUCAACUAUCGCAGUAUUAUUACAGUGUCGAGGACUGGAUAGCGUUAAGUUAGUGGUCGCGGUGGCCGCGGCGUUUCAAACGCCGCAUGAAUGGUAGCUGAAGCGAGCGAGCAAACAUUUGAAUGGGGAUAAAAAAGCCGUGCCGGGACGAACGUCCGGAGCUGUGAAAUUCCUUAAGGUCGUGUAACAUCGUGGCGCGUGUUUGCUCGGCCCUGGGCGGACUCAAGCUCUAAAAGGAAAAAAGGUUUUCUGUGGCAAGAGCAAAUAGUAGUCUCGUUGGCCAGGAGUCUUCAGACAGACCACCGCUGAACUGCUCGCUCGAGGAAGCCUUGAGGGUUGUGUCGUCAUCCACGUGAUAGCGUUUAGUUGUUGCGACUCUCAUUGCUCCGGCUGGCUCGCCAUCAUUGUAGCAAAAACGCCUUUACGUCAAUUCUCAGUGUGUUAUUAUUUAAAACGCUUUACUGUUAAGUACGAAUCGUGUUAUGCUUGUAAAUAUAAUAAAAGAUAAUUUGUGUUUACUUAUUUAUCAAAAGCGUUAAUCAAACAUUUGUAAACGUAGAUGUUAGUUGUAAAAUUGUAUUAAAACGUUUUGUAUUUAAUAAUGGGUAUUUAAUCUAUCCGACCAACCGCUCUCUUGUGAUUAGCUACAGUUGAUCCGACCUACAUUUUCUUAAUUAUAUUUUAAUUAAACAUCUUUCCAGCUUUGAUUAUACAAAAUUGAUUAUCUUCAGCUAUGUGUAUGACUUUGAUUGUAUGUUUUGAGCGAUAUGUACAUAUUAUUUUAAGAGUUCGUCUGAGAGUGAUAGGUUUCUGAAUCUCUAUUUCGUUAAUAUUAGUCUGAUUUCUCGAUUUAUAGUGAUGCCUUUAAUUUUGGGACAGCUUGCAAACUGGGUGUAUCACCCAAGGUUACUCAAGGGCGUCACACCAAUAGUUUCUGUUAACUGUUUUCCUUACCGUAAAUUCAAGAAAAUCAGCCAUUAUUAUUGUUUAUUUAAUAAGAUCUGUGCCAUAGUGUGGUGGCAAUGUCCGACUUUGUGUUCGCAUUGUAUCUAGUGUUUUAAGUUUAUGUCUGUAAACUACGAAUAGAUAAAAAAUGUUAAACAUAAGACAAAUAACUGAAUUUAAAUAUUAGUGUAUCCUGUACCCAGUGUAUAUUCAAAUUAAAGAUAAUAUAUUCGAAUUAAUGUCGCUGAAAUUGUUUCUCUUCAGUCAGUGUGAACGUCUGUCGUUGCUUUACAUUCCUCCAUAUUCCAUAGAGUAAAGUAUUCAAUAAAGACAUUGAGACAUUCCAAACAAUAAAUUGUAUAAUAAUUUACAAAAUAUGCGCUUAAAUACAUAAUAAAUUUGUUAAUAAUGUGACACUGUCUACUUUAUAACUGUGUCUAAAUAUAAGUAUUCAGAUGCUGAGAACGAAAUCAUAUAAUUGCUAAGAAAAAUUACGAAAUUAAAUCAUAUUUAACUCGCAA